UGGCGUUUUGAUCGAUCUAUGUACGCAGGAAAAUUCUGAUGAUAGUGAUACACUACUCAAAAACUCAUAAGUCAUCAAGAAGAUGUCUAAAUUAAUGACAGUUACUUUAUUUACAUUAGUUCAAGUUACCGUUUACUGCAGACCAAAAAACCUUAAUGUUGUUGAACAAUCCAUUUCACCUGAACAAAUCAAUGCUGAAAAAUUACUCCCUCCUGACCACGUCGAUGCUCUUAAGUUUGAGAAGGAUGGCCACAUUAAUAAAGAUUAUCGCAAAGAAAUAUUCCUCGGCAACCACGAAGAAAUUGAUGACGACCCAAUAGAAAUAGCAGAGGCAAAACUAGUGGAUAUUUUUCACAAGAUAGAUAUGGAUGCUGACGGUUAUUUAAGUGAAAAUGAGCUAGAGUUAUGGAUUCUUGACAAAAUUAAUGCCCACAUGGAUGAAGCCGUGGAGGAAAAUGAUGCUGUUUUUAAACAUUUGGACCCAGAUGGAGAUGGAUUUGUAGAAUGGAAGGAAUAUUACAAACAUUUUUUACUGGCAAAGGGACAUGGGCUUAAAGAAACUGAAAAAUACCUGGAAGACUAUGAUACUGAUAUACUAAAAGAGGACGAACGGGAUCAGCUUGUACGAUACAAAUUUAAAUGGACAGAUGCAGACAUUGAUCCCAUUGAUAAUAAACUGGACAAAAAAGAAUUUUUUAGCUUCCGUCACCCGGAACAAAGCCCUCAGUUGGUGGAAAACAUGAUCAUGUCAAUAAUUAAUUCAUUAGAUGAAGACAAAGAUGGCAAUUUAACACUGAAGGAGUUUAUGACAAACUCUGAUGAAAUGAUGCAGGAUGCGGGGUCUGAGAAAGAGAGGGAGGAGGAGAGAGAGGUCCGAAAGAGGGAAUUUGUAUCAGCCAUCGAUAAAAAUAGUGAUGGAAUAGCCACAAAACAGGAAUUAAUAGAUUAUAUGAAUCCCAGAAAUCCCCAACAAUCCAAACAAGAAGCCAACAACCUAGUCUCCUUAAUGGAUGAUAACAAAGAUGGAAAACUUUCCCUAAAAGAAAUCAAGAACCAUAAAGAUGUUUUUAUCAGUAGUAAAAUUGUUAAUGUGAAAAAGGUGCUACAUGACGAAUUCUAGUCUAUACUAGAUAAAUUUUUGUUUUACCUCUGAAGAGAUAAAGAUCUGGACUGUGAUACACGUUAAGAACACCUGUUUGUUGUGUUGAGCAUAUCGUUAAUAUGUCAGUUACUUUUUUGAACAAAUGAUUUUGUACAAUAGAUUAGUUAUACAUGUAUGAGCAUAAUAUAAGUUUCUGUGGGCUAGGAAUGUCCUAGAUGAUCAUGACAAGUACUGGUGUGUUAUAGUGACAAUGUAUUUUUGACAAGCUUUAAUAAGUACACAUUAACUUUUUCCAAAGGGUGUCUUUUCCCAGUGUUUCUCUGUUUGGAACAUUUUGUUGAAACCCAUGAACAGAUUGUGAUUGAUUGAUACAAUGUGAUGUGCAGUGAUGGAAAGAAUAAAUCUUUUUGGGCAAAAAUCUAUUCAAGUAUGUGGAUUCAGGUUUUUAUUCUAUGAUUAUGUUAAUGUUUACCUUUGGGCUAACUUUAAAUACAAGUUUUGUCAGAAAGUGAGGUUUGUAGGGUUGUGAACAUUCUGAUCAUUAGUAGAAACAUUUUUUUAUCAUAAACAUUUGAAAGCAGUAAAAAAAAGUUUGAAAAUAAAAAUAUUACAUGUGCACAUUUUUUAUAUGCACAUUUUUUAUAUGCUAUGUUUAUGCUUUAUUGUACAAAGGGCUGAAAGUGAGAUUAGCUUAUAAUUUUUGGUAAGGAUUAAUGCUUACAUACAUGUAUAAUCCACAAUCAAUAGCUAGAAGAAUAGGAAAAAGUGUGCAUAUGUUUAAUUACUGUAAUAUUAUUAUUAUCAUGUAUUAGCAUUUAUUGCUUGAAUUUAAGAAUGAAUGUAUUAUAACAGCUAUUAUUUUUCAUUAUUUAUUUUGUACAUUCCAACAUAAUUAUUAGUCUCCUACCUGUGAAAUUGGAAUGGACUAUAGGUUUUCUCUCAGUCCGUUCCCGUCUUUCAGUCAGUCUGUUUCACUUGGUUUUUAGCUUUUCCGUGUUGCUUGCAUAUAAUUAUCUUAUCUUUUGAUGAGGUAUGGAUCAAGUUUUUUGUUGUCAUUCUGCUUUGAUAAUAUUAGACAGAAUUAUGGCCCAUUCAUGUAGGGGACUUAGUAUUGCUUAUAAAUGCUAUACCCAAAGAAUGCUUUUUGUACUUGCAUCUAUAGGUUCAUAAAACAAAGAGGUGGAGGUAGAUGUAUUGAUACUGGCUAUAUCAAUUACUGUUGGGAUAUAUUCACCUUUUUCUAUUUUGAUGUACCCUAACUUAAAAAUUUUGUAACCUGCAGUCUUUAGAUUUAUUUAAAGGUGGAGAACUGAUUAGGGAAGACGCCCUAGAUUUGGGGUCACUUGGUCAAAGAUCAACUUAUGAUAAGUCUGAUGCAGUAAUAUCCAUAGUUUUUAACCAUAUUUACCAGUACAUUUUUAUUAUGUAUUAAGCAGUAGACUGAAAAAAAAUAUAUUUAAGUCAUUUGAACAAGAGUCAUGAUUAUUGAUAUAGGAAUUAUACAUGUAGGUGGUAUGCAAUAGCUGAGGUAAUUUUAAGCUAACAACAUCAUUUUCAUUAUGCUAGUAAAGAGUGCAAGAUAUGAGGUCUCUUUCUUAAAGGUCAAGGUCCAUAUUGAUAUCAUGUACAGUUUGAGUGUCAGUUUCAUAGUUAUGACAUUGUUUUUUUUUUUUUUUUCGAUAUAGCUGUACCGUGUAAAAUGGUAGGUGAUGCCUUCUUGUAGUUUUGUACCGACUCAUUUUUAGAGAGAAAUAUGUGUAAUGGAGGAUUUGAAAUGUACCUGAAAUCAAUACCAUACAUAUUCCAAAUGUAUAGAGAAACUUGGUACAUAGCAUUAUAUCAAUUUUCCUUUCACCUCUGUAUAUGAAUAUUACUAAUUAUACUUCCAUUUAUUGAAUUUAAUUCAUUUGAAUUGUUUGGAAAUUUCUAAAUUACAAUAUCAGUGAUAGUACAUAUGUGAGUUUAGUAGACAUAUUGAUAUCCCUUCACAGUCAUAGAAAUCCACUAUACCCAUAUUUAACUGUUCAUAUUCUUUGUGAGACUGUUUGUUGAUUAAGUUUAUCAUUAUUCCUUUCCAAAAAUCCAUUAAUUUAUUAUCUUGAUUAGACUGUAAUUUAUUAAAUUAUUCUACUUUA